UGUAGAGGGUCAGCAAAAGAGAGGAAGACCCUCAACAAGAUGGAUUGACACAGUGGCUGCAAUAAUGGGCUCAAGCAAACAACAAUUGUGAAGAUGGCGCAGGACCGGGCAGUGUUUUGUUUUGUUGUGCAUAGGGUCGCUAUGGGUGAGAACCAUCCUCACAAUCACUGUGCCCAACAAUAUCGUAAUUGUAAGAAAAUUGGCUAAAUCACUUAAUAGCAUGAUAACCUUAGAGAGCAGUAGAUGAGCAGUAAAAGAAUUACACAGAGUAAAGGUUUUUAACUGGUUAAAAUUAAAGGCGAUAAAUAGGAACCUCAGGGGGCAGCGAAUUUAUGUUACUUGGGGAGGAACAACUGGGAAAAGGAGGGUGAGAAUGGUUGCACAGCUCCAAGAAUAUAAUUAAUGUCACUGAAUUGUACAUGUAAAAAUUGUUGAAUUGGUAUAUGUUCUGCUGUGUAUAUUCUCAACAAUAACAACAACAAAAAAUUUAAUCAUUAAAAAAAUGAAAGGUAAGGCCGUUGUUGAUAUUGUAAAUAGCCUUCCCUCCUCUUCCGGCUAUUGGGAUCCCUGUUUCCGGAACCCUGGCUGGGGUGAUGUCACAGAUGGGUGACCUCACUUCAGGCAAGGAACCGGGACUCUCAGUGGCAUGGGGGAGUGGGGAGGAUGUUUCUCUACUACCCCAACCCCCCAUGUCUGUGGUGAAGUCGAUCGAAUUAGUGCUGCCCAAGGAUGCCAUCUACCUGGCCGGCUCCAGCCUAAAAGGGCAGGUGAUUUUAACCCUGAACAGCACCCUGGUAGACCCCAUAGUGAAAGUGGAGCUCGUGGGAAGAGGUUAUGUCGAGUGGAACGAAGAAAUCGGGGCAUCCCGCGAUUAUAGCAGAGAUGUGAUUUGCAACAACAAGGCAGACUAUGUGCAUAAGACAAAGACAUUUCCAGUGGCGGAUAAUUGGUUAGGUGCAGGCAGCCACACCUUUGACUUCCAUUUCAACUUGCCUCCCAGGCUCCCUUCUACCUUCACCAGCAAAAUUGGCCACGUCUUCUACUACGUACAAGCUUCCUGCAGGGGCCGGGAGUUCAUUUUAGCCAAGACGAGGAUGUAUUUAUUGGUUCAAGGGACUUCGGACUUCCACAAAGAAAGCCCAUUCCAGAACCCUCUGCUGGUCGAAGCUGAGAAGAGGGUCUCUUACAACUGCUGCAGCCAGGGCACCGUCCACCUGCAGGCCUAUAUGGAAAAGAACAUCUUCAUGCCAGGGGACAGAGUCAUUCUCACCACCGAGAUCAACAACCAGACCAGCAAGUGCAUCAAAAAGGUCCUCUUCACCCUCUAUGCCCACGUGCGAUAUGAGGGCUUCACGCCCAAGACGGAGCGGCGGACGUGCACGGACAGCAACGAGCUGCUGCGCCAGGAGGCCAACACCCACAUCCCACCCUUCGACACUACCAAGGUCGUCAGCACCUUCCACCUGCCCCUGGUGCUGUCGGUGAGCAGCAGCAGCCAGCAGGACAGCGAUAUCAUGAGCACACAGUACCAGCUGGUCAUCACUGUCUACCUGCCCUGGUCCCUGACCACCAUCAAAGCCAAGGUUCCCAUCAUCGUCACCAGCUGCCAGCUGCCGGACGGGGAGGAGCCGGGAUCACAGAAUUAAGUGCCCAAACGUCUAAAUAUUAAAAGCUUUAUCAGACUCUACUGGCAGUCCUCCUCCCUUUGCUCCCUUUGUCCUGCAAGGAGAGCUUCAGGUGAGCCCUCAAGGGGGUGGUAUGUCGCUUGUGUUGUUGCUAUUAUCUACUGUCGAGUGGACACUUGGCUCAUGGUGACUGAGGGUCCUGUGCCAUCCCCAUGGCUGGCUGCAAAUCAGACCAUUGUGAUUCACAGGGUUGUCGCUGGCUGAUUUCCAGAAGUAGAUCUCCAGGCCUUUCUUCCUAGUCUUAGUCCGGAAGCUCUACUGAGACCGGUCCAGCAUCACAGCAACACACGAGCCCUCCACUGACAGAUGGGUGUGGCUGUGCAUAAGGAGCACGGAAGUCAAGGAUUCUGCCACCGAACCACCUCUGCCCCUGAUGCGUUACCUGUAACAUCC